AUCGGCUAGUUAGUAGUGUGCAAAAAAAUCUAGGAGGCAAAAUCGUAUAACUGAAAAAUAAAAAAAUACCAAAUCAAAACAAAGAAGAAUAAUGGCAAGAAUCGGCAAACUUUUGUGUCUUGUUAUACUCGCGGUAUUUACUAUUGUAACUGCCGACGAUUACUGCAACAUGAAAUCAUGUAGCGAGGAUCAUAGUCAUACUAUGUGCCAAUACCCUUCGUCAGAACCAGCAUCAGCAUGCGGAUCGUCACCUCGUAGUGGCCUUAGUGAUGAUGAUAAAAAAACUAUAGUAGAUGAACAUAAUAGACUGAGACAAUAUGUUGCAUCAGGUCAAGAAUCCAGAGGAAAUCCUGGGGCUCAAUAUGCGGCGGUUGAGAUGAAACAAAUGGACUGGGACGACGAACUAGCAGAAAUUGCACAAAGAUGGGCCAAUCAAUGCGUUUUCCAACAUGACAAGUGCAGAAAUGUAGACAGAUAUGUAGUUGGUCAAAACAUAGCUAUAACAUACAAUUCGGGUGAAAACAACACGCCUAUGAAAGAUUUUGUCCAAAUGUGGUAUGAUGAAGUCAAAGAUUUUGACAAAAAUGGAGUUGAUAGCUAUACAUUUGAUUCAAACACAGGCCACUAUACUCAAGUGGUCUGGAAUAACUCAACAAAAAUCGGUUGUGGUUCAAUGAACUAUCACGAUGACUCAGAUGGCUGGAAUAAAAAAACCUUAGUUUGCAAUUAUGGUCCAAGUGGAAAUUGGCAAGGUCAGAAAAUAUAUGAAAAAAAAUCUAAUUAAUAAAUUAGAAAUGUAAUAGUAAUAUGAAACAAAGUGAGAAUAUAACUAAAAAGCUGGCUUACCAGUAGAAAUAGACAAUUAAAAUUGUCAUAAUGGUUUAAUACAGAAUAAAAUAGUAUUUUCCUCUUUCUUUUCUCUUUUUUUCUUUUUCUCUCUCAUUCUCUCUCUCUCUCUCUCUCUCUCUCU